GUCAGUAGGACUUGGAGUGCCCAAAAGUGAAGUUUGAUGCAAUGUUUAAAUGUGGCAAAUUCAAAUUAAAACCUUAUAAAAACCACGGAUAGCCAAAAUAAAAAACAGGAAAAGAUGAACCGGGAUAUCAGUUCACACCUCUUCUACAUAAGAUCUAUCAUUAUCUCCUGGAGCCUGCUCAUCUUCUUAUUCAAUCUCCAGUAUGUCAAGUCCGAGUGUCGGGCCCGCCCCCUCGGCCUUCUCUCAGGAGAGAUCAAGGAUUGGCAGUUGGCAGCCAGCAGUGUUGUCAGCCGUGGUGAGGAUCCAGAUUGUGCUGUCAAGUUUGCCCGCCUACACUCCCCAGGGAAGAGGGCGUGGUGUCCGGAGCAUUUAAAGCAGGGGGAGUGGAUCCUAGUAGAUCUAGGGGUGGAGUCAGAGAUUGCGGGUGUUAUGACGCAAGGGAGGGACACUAUGGAUCAGUGGGUCACCCAUUAUAUAAUCUCAUAUAGUCUAGAUGCUUACAGAUGGGAGUUUGCUAGAGAUAUUUAUGGGAAUAAAAAGGUGUACCGGGGUAACCAGGAUACACACACUAUUAAAGUAUCCUACCUGGAGCACACUGUCCGAGCCAGGUUUAUCAGGAUACAUAUAGAAGCUUGGCACAACCAUCCCUCCCUCAGGAUGGAAGUGCUGGGCUGCCAGGAGUGUAAUAGUUUAAUCUCCGAGCUACCGAGUACCCAGCUAGAGAGUAGUAGUACUGGGAGAAGGAAAAAGUCUAAGGAUACUUGUACUCCUGCUGACGGUCAUAUUUAUAGUGCAGGGGGCUGGUGCCCUAGGAGAACUAAUGAGCAUCAAUGGUUACAGUUGGAUCUAGGACCUCCCACCCUGGUUACUGGUAUAAUGAGUAGAGGACGAGGAGAUAAGAAGAACUGGGUAACCUCCUACUCCUUGUCCUACUCUAAUGAUACUAAUAUCUGGUUCUACUACAAGGAUGCAAACCAUCUAGAGGCUAAGGUAGAGAACAGUACAAAGGGACAUAUUUUUGGUGGAAAUAUGGAUAUAAAGACGGAGAGAAGACACUAUCUCAAUGUUCCCAUGGUAACUAGAUAUGUCCGUAUUCAUCCUUUAACCUGGAGAAGACGGAUAGGGUUGAGGGUUGGAGUUCUAGGUUGUCCUCACACUGGAGAAUGUGGUCCUGGGUUCCUCAGUGUAAACUCUAGAUCUGCUUGUGUUCCGAAUAAAGCUUACCUGGGACACACCUGGACCAAUGAUAAACGUCACUCCUGGAAGCAAUGGAAAUACGGGCAUAGUAGUUUAGCUGUAGAUGGUAAGGAGAAUACCAAUCUUCCUAACUGUGCUAUCCUGGAUAACUACUAUACAGAUAAACCAGUAUGGAUGGUGGAUCUAGGAAAGAAGAUCUCUGUGAACGGAGUCCUGAUAUUAACCUGGCAGGGUACAGGACAGGAUAAGAUUACUCCGUACACUGAUUAUGUACACAACCUGGAUAAACUAAGUGUAUAUGUAUCGGAUAAACCUAAACUGGAUUCUCCAGGUCUAGUAAAUGAACCUAAGUGUGGAGUGAUUUCAAGGAUGAACACAGCUCUGUUUAAUCCUAGAUUACAUUUUGAUUGUCCAGAACCUGUGGAAGGAAGGUUUAUCUAUGUUAAAGCAUCAGGAGUUCCAAACCGUUGGAAGAAACAUUUCACAGUUGUUCUCUGCGAGGUUAUGGUUUAUUAAUCAAACCUUCAACUUUGUCUUCCGACCUCAACCUUCCUUUAGUAUUCAUGUCAGAUCUGUUCUUUUCAACAUAUUAUACAUACAUCAACUAGACCUAUGUUUCUCAAAUCAAAAAUGCUCUUUUUGUCAAGUAAGAAUUCUUAAGAAUUCGGCAUUGUAGAUUUCUCGAUGGUUUAUGAUGUAUUCGCGGCUGUGAUUUAAUAUAGUGUACAAAUACAUUAUCCUUUCCCUUAUAUACUUGUACACUCCAUACACUCUUUCAAUACUCCUUCAAUAUUCCUUCAAUAUUCCUUCAAUACUCCUUCAAUACUCCUUCAAUAUUCCUUCAAUAUUCCUUCAAUACUCCUAUAAUACUCCUUCAAUAUUCCUUCAAUAUUCCUUCAAUACUCCUUGAAUGCUAGAUCCUAACCUUCUUACUCUGCUAUGGUUAUCCUUUUCUCCUUCCUCUCCUCGUCCUAAUCUACUUCCACUUAUAUCCCCAUCUCUUACUUCCUCUCCUCGUCCUAAUCUACUUCCACUUAUAUCCCCAUCUCUUUCCUAAUCUACUUCCACUUAUAUCCCCAUCUCUUACUUCCUCUCCUCGUCCUAAUCUACUUCCACUUAUAUCCCCAUCUCUUACUUCCUCUCCUCUUCCUAAUCUUCUUUCACUUAUAUCCCCAUCCCUCACUUCCCUUCCACUUCCAUCCUUAAUUUGACUAAAUAAAGCCCCCAUUCUACCCGUUCCAAUAAUGCAAACUUGUUCAGCAUACUUUGUUACAGUUAACAGUGAACUCUGUACACUGUUCAGUUUCUAAUGUACUCUGUACACUGUACUGUUUAAAGUUUACUUUUUACAGUUAACAAUGUAUACUAUGUACACUGUACACGUUAACAGUGUACUCUGUACUGGUUGCAGUGUACUUCGUGCAGUUUACAGUGUACUUUGUAUAGUUAAGAUUGUAAUCUGUACAGUUUACAGUGUACAGUUUUCUCUUUAGUCUGUACAGUUUACACAAAAUAAUAUAGAUUUUUGUUCAUCACAUCCUGUAAGAAGUGGCAGCCAAUAUAAAUAUUUAUUAGUUCUCACCCUUGCAAACUGCUUAGUGAAAACUGUGUUCGUGUACUAUGUAUAUAUACAUAAAGCUUAAAUCAAUGUUAAA